ACCCAACAUGGCGGGUGAUUCUAGAUACGAUGUCACACUGCGGUACCGCUAAUUUUAACCCGGCCAAAAGUUAUCACCUGGUAUCCUGAGGAUAAAGAGAACAGUUGCAGCUUAAUCAGAGAUGUAACUGUUUUCGGAGUGGCAGAGGAGAACGGAAGUUGAAAGAUAAUGGAUAUUCGUCGGAAUUGAAUUUGACUCGCGCGUAAGGUGUUUUGUGCCCGAAAAACUCAUAAUAGGAAUAUUUGUUGAGCGAAAAUGUUGAGUUCGGUGAAGAAUUAUGCUGUUAUCUCUGAACACGUAACGGAGGGUUCAAAUAGAUUAGAGGAAGAUCACAAUGGAUCUGAUGACACGAACUGCAAUGAAUCUUUAUUGACAGACCAGCCCUUGUCGGAUGAUGAACAGUCUCAUAACGCCAAAGUUGUUUGUUCUGAGGUCCCGACAGAAUUUUCUUCAGAAACUGAGGAAAUAGUACGGCAAGACUGCGAGAAAACAAAGCGUGAUGCUAGCGUGGAAGAAGAGUUAGAACACAACAAAGUAAAGCAAGAGAGUGUCAGAUCUUCGGAAGAAGUACGCGAAUUAUCGACUAAUCCUGAUACAUGUACAUUUCCUCGUGGUGAAGAAGCGAGCCAAGAUCGUUCUGUAGUAAACAGUUCUUCAGAAAAUCUCCUUGGUUCCAAUCACCACAGGGAACCUUCAGUUGAGGAAAGUGAUGAAGUUUUUCCCCUCGUCAGACAGAAAGCUAAUUCUUCAGACGAUCUUCUAGAUAAGAAUUUUGUAAAAUGGACAAAUGGGAAGAACUCCUACAGGAGUACAAACUUAGAAAAAGAUGGUGCUCUAUCGUCAGAGUCACCAAGUAGUGAUGUGGAAUUCAGUGCGUGUUCGUCAGUUACUAGUUGUACUGAGGAUAGUGGAAUUAGCUCUACCGUAAGAGACGAAGAACUGGAAGAGAUCCCACUCAAUAACUCUCAAUAUAGCCCCGACCUGUACAAGCAGAUAUCCAGAUUUGCCAUAGACGAAACAGUGGCAGCCUGGAUUCCGAAAUCCUCCAAUACUUACGCUCCUAGUCCAAGUUCAAGUAUGAAGACAGUUCCUGUUACAGAUCAAGAAAAGUCACAAAAGCAGGGCAAACUAAAAGGUCUGUUCUCAAAGUCAACUCAAAAGGAACUUGUUCCUGGUUGGAAGUUAUUUGGGAAGAUUCCUGCUAAGGAUGCAAGAGAUAACAGCAAAGAUUCUCAUAUCCAGUCAUCAUCAUUUGACAGAGGAGAUUUGAAGCGCAGGUCUUUUGGUGAUAAGCCUUCAUCAACUGGUCCAACCUCCAAAUCCAAGUUUCUUUCAAUUAGGAAGAAGGUGACAACAGGCAGCUCAACCACUGCUCUUAUUUUUGAAAACAGACCCAGUAACCUUCCAGCCAAGUCACCCACAGAGGAGAAAAAGCACAGAAGGCAAUAUGAGGCCAUGGUGGCUGAAGCAAAGAAAAAAGAACUGAAAGAUUUAAAGCUGCAAGAGAAAAGACUUAAAGAAAAAUGUAAACAGGAAGAUGGAAUUGUCUCUGCUGCUUCUGUUUGGACAAGCGAAAUAUUGCCCAACUGGGAAACAAUGCAGCAUGCAAAGAAAACAAGAGAACUUUGGUGGCUGGGCCUCCCACCAAGUGUGCGUGGAAAAGUCUGGAAGCUUGCUAUUGGAAAUGAUUUACACAUUACUCAAGAAUUAUUUGACAUAUUUCAGUCCCAUGCAUAUGAAAAACUAUUCACAACACGCCUCAACAAGCAGAAAAACAUUACACAGACAGUUGCAGAGCUGCCAGCCAGUGACCAUCCAGUUGUCAGUAAGGCUCACACAGUAGAACUUAUUGUCAUGGAUGUUUCACGCACAUUUCCAUCGCUUUGUAUUUUUCAAGAGGGUGGCCCAUUCCAUGAUGUUCUGCACAGUAUUUUAGGAGCAUACACAUGCUAUCGACCUGAUGUUGGAUAUGUUCAGGGAAUGUCCUUUCUUGCAGCAGUUUUAUUGCUAAAUAUGGAACCUUCUGAUGCAUUCAUUUGUUUUGCAAACCUUCUCAAUAAACCUUGUCAACUUGCAUUCUUUAGAGUGGAUCACCCAAUGAUGGUAGCUUACUUUGCAGCAUUUCAAAUAUUUUUGGAAGAGUUCCUACCCUCAGUUCAUGCACAUUUUAUUGAAGAAAACUUCACUCCAGACAUGUACUUAAUUGACUGGACAUUCACAUUAUUUAGCAAGUCAUUACCACUGGACAUAGCUUCCAGAGUAUGGGAUGUGUUCUGCAGAGAUGGAGAAGAAUUCCUUUUCAGGGCUGCACUGGGAAUAUUGAAAUUUUACCAAGAUGAAUUACUUGACAUGGAUUUCAUUCGCCUUGGCCAGUUUCUCUCAAAGUUACCAGAUGAUAUUCCUGCAGGACCUCUUUUCCAAGCCAUUGCCUCAAUUAAUUUAGUGGAACAGAAAUUUAGUCAGACACUUGCAGUGCAAAAGGAGGUUGCAGCCCAAAUAAAAAGUGUCACAUCAUCCACUAAAUGAACAACCAGUAUUGUUGAUGGAAAUUUAAUAUUGUACUCCAGUACAACAGUUUUUGGUUCAAAUUACACGACUUUAUCAACUGGCUCAUCACUCAUUGUUGUUUAGGCUGGCACAAAAAAAAUUGUCAGCUGUCAAUCCAUUUUGUAGAAGACAAUAUUGUUUGAUGUCUUUACCAAGUAUGUCUAAACUUGACAAACGUCAUGCAUCAACAUAAGUGGGCAAACCAGACUAGUAGGCCCACAGUCAACUUUGUAAAGGCUUUCCGACUCUCUCACACAAUUUUUCCACCAAAAACUUUAAAUUCUGGAAACAAUAUGUACAGCACAUAGUAUACCACAAUUUUUAGACUUAAUAGGAAGACUGAGAAAUUUGAGGGGAGACUUGGGAGUUCAAUAGGCGGUGUCACACUCCUCUGUUGGGUCUUGAAAUUACUGCAGAUUUUCUGAUAAUUCUUUUCAGGUUUUUGUGAGGAAAGACCGGCUUGAUUUGAUAAUGUAACAUACUUUUCUUGAAAUUAAAAUUGGUGUAAUUUGGCAAAUAGUUUUAUCACAAAUAGAUAAGUAUACAUUAAGUUAACCACAUGUAGUACCUAAAAUUUUAGGUUGAACAUGGCUGCCACCCUCCCCUCCUUGAGAAUAAAAUAUCUGAACAUUUCCUUCCUUUCCAUAUGGUUAAAGAGAUAUUAUCAAGAGAAGAAUCCUAUUUAACUUAAAUGAAGAAUUUGUUUUGCUUUGUUGUAACUAGAACCAGAUAGAGUUAAUGAGAACUAUACAUAAUUAUUCUUGUUAGCAUUACUAGUUGGAGUAACAAACAUUCCUAGUUACAGACAAAAAGGAGAACAAAGGUAGCUUCAUUGGGAAUGACCUGUCAAAAGUGUAAGAUAAAUACCAGUUUAAACGAAUCAAAUCUGUAACAAUAAAUUUCUUUUAAUUAAAGUAUCAUACCUGAUUCACCAGAAUGAAAUAUCAUUCCUAAUGCUAAAUGACUUUUGCAGAUGAGAUAUAGUACCAUUCAUUCACUAUAUUUUUGUAUGAUUCAGAGCUAUAAAAUAAUGUCAUAAUAGUUAGGAUGUAAUGUUAAUGGUAGCAGAGUAUAUAGUAGUCUGACGAAGUCUCCAAUUUCAUUUGCUCAGGAGUAUAGUAUGUAGCCAUGAUGAUAACUUAGUUGAGGGUGGUUUUGUUAUCUAAUUUUAAAUAACUUUCAGUGAUCUCAGGCUGUGAAUUUUCAGUGAUAACUGCAAUACUUAGAAAGCCAUAUGCAAGCCACAAACUUUAAUUUCAAGCCUUAGAUGGCAGGUGGUUCAUCUUCCCUGACAGCAUCUGUCACUAAGGGUAACUAGUUAUGAACAUCAGCUAGAAGCUUACAUAUUAUAGGGAAAAUUUUAGUAACAUCUGUCAUGAUUUAUAAGGAUUAUGAAUAAAACAUGGGAAAAUAAUGUAUAAGUUAUGUGAAUACUACAGUUCUAAAUAAAAGUUUGUAAGAGAAAUUUUA